GCCAUUAUACAUUCUGCUGCCUCUAUUCCAGCCCAGACUGCCCUCCAAAUCUUCGCGUGCAAGUCUCACGAUAAGGCGUCCACUCAGCUGUGGCUGACCGUCCGUCAACUGUGGCUGACGGGAGAUUAAUACGACAACAAAACGGCGCUUCCUUCUAGCCAUCCAGCUCUUCAUCCACCACCAAUCUCUCACCUGAAAUUACAAUAUCCAGCGGUCACCAUGCGCUUCAACACCUCCAUACCUAUCCUCCUCACCUUCCUCAGCAUCGCAUCAGCCCAAACAUGCGACGGCGGCACAGCAUGCGGCUAUUCUGCACAACUCUGCUGCAGCGCCGACGAAAUGUGCGUGACAGACGAGAACAAUCAAGCAAUUUGUUCUGUUCCCGCCUUGAGCAGUUCGACGCCGGUGGUCAGCUCGGAGAUUGCUGCUACGACGUCGAUGCCGAGUAGCUCGGAUUCCGCUACUGUGACGCCAAUGUCGACGUCGACGUCAACGCAGGUCACGGGCGUGGAAAGCUCGUCGUCCAAGACGGAUGUUGGGAAUGCGAGUGCUACUGCCAAUUCGACCGCCAUGCUGUCUUCUAGCGCUACGCAGAGUGCUGAUGCGACUGGUGUGGAGUCGACGGCAUCGACUACCAGCGCGGAAGAGACGGCAGAGACGAGUUCGUCCGAUGCGACUGAGGCUUCGGCUUCACCGACGACGGGAGCGGGUGGAAGGGUAGAGAGGAGUUGGUAUGAUGUGGUGGGAAUGAGUGUUGUUGUUGUUGUGACGGUGUUGAUGUUUUGAGUGAGGAAGAGAGUUGGAGAAGGAAAUCGGAUGGCAGGGAACAUGGCGAGAGGUAGGGCGUUGGUAUGAUUCUGUAGGUUUGUACUGCGUAUAAUGGGAGGUAUGGUGUGUCUAUUGUGAAUGUGAGAUGUGGCUUACCAUGAAGUUGAGGUUAAAAUCGAUGGAACCGUGCACAUUGUUGCUCAGCACGUCUUACCUCUUACCGCUCCUCGAGCCAAACAUGAACGUGCGAUCUUGCGACAUGUCGAGACAAUCUCAGCCAAAGUUUUACAUC